CCGGUUUGAAGGGUCGUGUGCCGGAGCCGGGGAGGAGAGAGCGAUGUGAGCGUUCCAGGAGUCGGGGCAAAACUCCUGCCUCUUCCCUCUUUCCCUCCUCUGGCCUCUGUGUUUCGUCCUCUGAAGCUUGUUUUCCCUUCCUAAUGGCCCCAGCCCCACCUCGCCUGGGGUUUUUGCUCCUUCUGGCUUGCUGCUUUUCCUCAUCUGAAACGCAGCUCCUGGACUGGACUUGGGGCAGCAGGAAGACCACGGGAAGCCCGGCGGCACCCGGUGAAGGAAGCACAGUGCCGGAGCCGCUUGCCUCUGUGGCAGCCACCACCCCCAGCGCGUCCCCAGGGAUGUGGGCUGGGCGGGUGGUGGGGGACAUCACCACACCACAACGCCAGGACCUGGAUCCCAGCACAGCAGCACCUGAAGGCAACCGAACCACAGCCGAAAACACCAAGCAGUGGGUCAGGAAUGUCACAGAGCUGGUGGAGAGCAUGGCAUGGCCAAGCAUCACUCCUCCCCACAGCAUGUCACCUGCCCCUGGCCAGGAUGCGGCCAGCAGCUCCACUAAGGACCUGUGGCUCCUGGGGACAGGGACCACUGAGGACCCACAGCUCCUGGGGACGGGGACCGCUGAGGACCCGCGGCUCCUGGGGAUGGGGAGUGCUGAGGACCCACAGCUCCUGGGGACGGGGACCACUGAGGACCUACGGCUGCUGGGGACAGGGCACCCCACAGCGAUGGGUACAAAGGUGUCCUUGCAGAGACCGGCGGGUCCCCAGCCAGAGAACCUGAGCACUGAGGUCAGCCUCCUGGAGCUGAUUGGAGACCCCCCACCAGAGGAGAUCCUCAAAAUUUACGGCCCCGACAACAACCCCGGCUAUGUCUUUGGCCCCAAUGCCAACACAGGCCAGGUGGCCCGGUACCACCUGCCAAGCCCUUUCUACCGGGACUUUUCCCUCCUGUUCCACAUCCAGCCCACCACCCCCCGGGCUGGCGUGCUCUUUGCCAUCACGGACUCCUCACAGAGCAUCAUCUAUGUGGGCGUCAAGCUCUCGGAGCUGCGGAUGGGCAAGCAGCAGAUCAUCUUUUACUACACAGAGCCAGGCUCGCCAAGAUCAUAUCCAGCAGCCUUCUUCACCGUGCCCACCUUACUCAACCAGUGGACGCGCUUUGCCAUCAGCGUGGAGGAGGACGAGGUCGUUCUCUACCUGGACUGUGAGGAGCACGAGCGGGUUCACUUUGAGCGCUCCCCAGAUGAGAUGGAGCUGGAAGAUGGCUCCGGGCUCUUUGUUGCUCAGGCUGGAGGAGCUGAUCCAGAUAAAUACCAGGGGGUGAUUGCUGACUUGAAGCUGCAAGGGGACCCGCGGGCAGCCGAGCACCAGUGUGAGGAAGAGGAGGAUGACACUGAGGAGGUAUCUGGUGAUUUUGGCAGUGGGGCAGAAGGUGGACACCAACACUCAGGGAAAAACAGGGGUGUCCCGGGGCUGGUGGAUGCUGUCCCCGUCACCUCUCCCCCCGUGGCAGUGGACGGCGGGCUGAGGCGUGGCGGGGGCUCCCUGCAGAAAGCUGAGAGGACCGGAGUGAAGGAGACACUGCAGGUCUCCGCAGGAGGCACCGGCCCCAAAGGCGAAAAGGGGGAGAAGGGCGAGCGUGGCCUGAAAGGUGACUCGGGGACAGGCAGCAUUGUGGGGACAGGCAGUGUCAAGGGUGAAAAGGGGGAGAAAGGAGAAUUGGGCGUUAAGGGCAGUGCUGGAUUUGGCUACCCUGGCUCCAAGGGACAGAAAGGGGAGCCAGGCAACCCUGGGACCUUCUCACGGCACACCGACGGCGUGAUGGUGGAGCAGGUCACCGGUCCCCCAGGGCCACCAGGGAAGGAUGGACCCCCUGGCAGGGACGGCGAGCCUGGUGAUCCUGGCGAGGAUGGCAAACCCGGUGAUACAGGACCGCAGGGGUUUCCUGGGAUGCCAGGGGAGCCUGGUCUGAAGGGUGAGAAGGGCGACCCAGGCGUGGGACCAAGGGGACCUCCUGGACCCCCUGGUCCCCCGGGGCCACCAGGACCCUCCUCGAAGCAUGACAAGCUGACCUUUAUUGACAUGGAGGGCUCUGGCUUCAGCAGCGAUCUGGAUAGCCUGCGGGGUCCACGAGGGCCACCUGGUCCCCCGGGGCCACCUGGUGUGCCUGGUUUGCCGGGGGAGCCAGGACGGUUUGGGAUGAACCGUACAGACCUGCUGGGACCACCAGGGCUGCCAGGCAAAGAUGGGACCCCUGGGCCCCCUGGGCCAGUGGGUCCUCACGGUCCUCCUGGAAGAGACGGGGCAGCUGGGCAGCCAGGGCCCAAAGGAGAGCGGGGCGAUGUGGGUGACCUCGGCCUCCCUGGUGCACCAGGACCCAAGGGCAGCAAGGGAGAAAUGGGACCGGCUGGAGCUCCGGGAGAAAUAGGGUUAGCUGGUCUUCCUGGGCCCAUCGGACCCCGAGGGCAGCCAGGGCCCCCAGGUCCCCCGGGACCACCGGGGCCAGGCUAUGAGGUUGGAUUUGGCGACAUGGAGGGCUCAGGGCUGUCAUUUGCUGCCAGCUCCCCCGGACCACCUGGACCUGAAGGACCACAGGGCGUGCCAGGACUGCCAGGGGUGAAGGGGGAGGUCGGCAGCCCCGGGCAGCCUGGCUUGCCAGGACCAAAGGGAGAUGCUGGUGUGCCCGGCGUGGACGGCCGCCCUGGACUCGAGGGCUUCCCUGGACCGCAGGGACCCAAAGGUGACAGCGGCAGCCCUGGCGAGAAGGGUGAGCGAGGCCAAGAUGGUGUGGGGCUGCCUGGACCCCCUGGUCCACCUGGUCCCCCUGGACAGGUCAUCACUGUCUCAAGUGAAGAUAAGUCUUUAGCAGCUUUGCCCGGUCCAGAGGGCAGACCAGGUCAUGCUGGCUUCCCGGGCCCAGUGGGACCGAAAGGAGAUCGGGGGUUGUCUGGUCCCCAGGGCUCCCCAGGGUUGAAGGGAGAGAAGGGGGAGCCUGGUGUCAUCAUCAGCCCCGAUGGGACCAUGGUCACCGCAAAGAUGAAAGGAGAAAAGGGGGAGCCAGGGCUCCGGGGACCUAUGGGACCCUCGGGUCCCCAGGGACGAGCAGGGAUGAAGGGAGAGAUUGGCUUUCCGGGCAGACCUGGACGUCCUGGCAUGAACGGGCUGAAGGGCGAGAAGGGUGACCCUGCAGAUGUUAGUAGCAUGCUGGGCUUGCGGGGUCCCCCAGGACCCCCGGGUCCCCCAGGUCCCCCUGGGCCACCUGGCAGCAUAGUCUACGACAACAGCAAUGCCUUCAGUGACUCCGGCCAGCCCGUGCUGCCAGCCUUCCCUGGUUUCCACCAGUUUCCAGGACAAAAGGGAGAGAAAGGCGAUACUGGAGCCCCAGGGCCCCCAGGCCACUUCCCCUAUGACCUGAGUCACUUCAGUGCCAACCUGCGGGGUGACAAGGGGGAGGCAGGUUCCAAGGGCGAGAAGGGCGAGCCAGGCAGCACCCCGCUCUACGGACCCAGCGUCUCUGGGCUGCCAGGGCCUGCUGGGCCCCAGGGCUAUCCUGGGCUGCCGGGUCCCAAGGGGGACAGUAUCGUUGGGCCACCAGGGCCUCCUGGACCUCAGGGCCCGCCCGGUAUUGGAUAUGAGGGGCGGCAGGGCCCCCCGGGCCCUCCUGGCCCCCCUGGUCCACCCUCCUUCCCAGGCCCCCACAGACAAGCUAUCAGCAUCCCUGGGCCCCCUGGACCACCAGGACCCCCUGGACCACCAGGGACCAGUGGGAUGACCUUGGGGAUGCGCACCCUGCUGACCUACCAGGCGAUGCUGAGCGCCACGCAUGAGUUGCCUGAGGGCAGCCUCGUCUUCCUGACCGACCGGCAGGAACUCUACAUCCGCCUGCGUGGGGGCUUCCGCCGGGUGCUGCUGGAAGAGCACACCUUCAUCACCAGCUCGGCUCUGGACAAUGAGGUGUAUGACAAGCCCCCCAGCAUCCACUACGCUGGACCCCAGCCCCCCCUCCAGCCCCACGGACCCCUGCACCCCGUCCAUAACCACAGCCCCUCACCCACUGUCCGACCCUGGCGUGGGGAUGAGGUGGUGGCCAACCAGCACCGCCGGCCCGAGCAACGUCUGCUCCACCACCAGCAUGAACUCCUCAACAGCUACUACAUCCACCGCCGGCCAGAUCCGGCACCCGUGGCCACCCACGUGCACCAGGACUUCCAGCCUGCCCUUCACUUGGUGGCCCUGAAUGCCCCGCUGAGCGGUGGCAUGCAUGGCAUUCGGGGUGCUGACUUCCAGUGCUUCCAGCAAGCCCGGCAGGUCGGGCUGGCUGGCACCUUCCGUGCCUUCCUCUCCUCCCGCCUGCAGGACCUCUACAGCAUCGUGCGCAGGGCUGACCGCAGCGCCGUGCCUAUCGUCAACCUCCAGGACGAAGUGCUCUUCAGUAACUGGGAAGCCCUUUUCACGGGCAGUGGGGCCCCACUGCGAGCCGGCGCCCGCAUCCUCUCCUUUGACGGCCGGGAUGUCCUGAGGGAUGCAGGAUGGCCACAGAAGAGCAUCUGGCACGGCUCAGAUGCCAAGGGCCGGCGCUUGCCCGAGAGCUACUGUGAGACGUGGCGGACAGAUGAGCGAACUGCCACUGGCCAGGCUUCCUUGCUGGGCUCUGGCAAGCUGCUGGAGCAGGUGGCCAGCAGCUGCCAACAUGCCUUUGUUGUCCUCUGCAUCGAGAACAGCUUCAUGACUGCUGCCAAAAAGUGACACCACCACCCCACCCCCAUCUCCUGGGUUCCCUGCAUCUCCCUGGGGAGGGUUGGGCCAGUCUGCACCCCAGCACCUGUGUGGUCCUCAGCCCCUCCAUCUCCUGCCCUUGCCCUGCAGGGUUUUCUCCUCCUGCAGACCUGAAGCCAAAGAGUAGCGCCAUCACCCCACCCUGGGUUGGCAGGGGCUCGCAUCCCACCUGGGGCAGGGCAGCUGGGGGCUGGCUGCCUUUCUCCUCUUCCUCACACUCCACUUCUCUUCUAACCCCUAAUAUUUAACCAUUUCAGCUUGCAUCCACCACCUGCGCGGAUGCUCUUUUUGGGGUAGCUGGGUGGGAGGAUGCUCAGCAGGGAGAUUUUGGCGGUGCCAUGCAGUGUGCCCUCCCUGAAAGCCUUGAGGGUGUUUCUGUGACACCCCCUCCAGCCCUGCACAGUCCUCGUCAGGAGCUCAGGGCUGGACCCAAAUCCCUGCUGCUGAGGCCAUGGGGUCUUUUCCAGCCAAAGCCCCAGCAUCCCACCCAAGCAAGGGACCAUCAUCUGGCAGUGCCAGGGCUCCUUCCAGAUGGUCUCCAUCCUCUCCAGGUAAGGACCUUCCCACCCAGACCCACAUCAUCAUCCUCACCUCCAGCCCCCAGCCAGCAGCUCACGAGUCCUGGGGUGGGGGGCAGGUUCUGGUCCCCUCCAAUCCCUGCUGUGCCCCCCCCCACCCUGGGUACAGCCACAGCCAGGACAGCAUGGGGACUGGGGUAAUGGGGUGACCCUGGUGUGGGGCCAGGCAUGCCCUUGGCACGUGUUUACGAGCAUGUGCGUGUUGAAUGCGCCUGGUACCGAGGGCAGGCACUGCCAUCACCCCCCCUCCCCAUGCAACCUUUGCAGUGCUCUAAGGGCCAAGGCACAACAAAGCUGGUUUGAAUUGGUGUGGGCAAAUCCAAGGUGCUAAAAAAAAAACAAAAAAAGACAAAUCUGUAACUAGCUUUUUAUUAUUGUAUGGAAAUCAUUACCAUAAAAGCUGUGCGAGUCACACGGUCUCUAUUUCUUACAGUCUACUGUAUUUUGUGUAAUUAAUGCAAUUUAAAGCCUGUGGAUCUUUAUAUUUUUUUUGUCAGUUGUGUCCUAUAAACCAUUUUCUAAAGGCACUGAAUAAAGAAAUGUUAUCCUCUUGUA